AUGACUGGUUUGUCUAAGGGGAAGUUUGUGUUCUGCAUCUCAGCCAAUCACCCUCUGAUUCAAGCUGCAGAGGUUCCUCAUCUGAUCUCUUUGACUGUGGUUGAAGUUGGUGACAAUGUUACUUUUCACUGUCCAGUCUCUGAGAAGGAUAAAUUAUUCCACUGGUAUAAACAGCCUUUUGGACAAAUGGGUCAAACAAUCGCUGCUGUAAUCUUUGGCAAGAUAACAGUCAGUGAACAAUUUAACGAGUCACGUUUUACAGUCGCAAAAAAGGAUGCUCACUUUUCUCUCACCAUCAGAAAUGUAAGCAAAGAGGAUGAAGCAACAUACUUUUGUCUAAAUGGACCAGUGUUUUCACAAACAUUCACCUACAGCAGAUUAUUGACUGUAAACGACAACAAUCAGCAGAAAUCAGUCUAUGUGACACAAAGUCCGGAGACAGCAUCAGUCCAGCUGGGAGACGCACUGACUUUUCAGUGUUCACUGCUCUCCAUGAACAAAGCAGAAUACACAGAUCAGUGUCCAGAUGAAUGCAGUGUGUACUGGUUCAGAGCUGGAUCAGGAGGAUUUCAUCCAGGUGUCAUUUACACUCACGGGAACAGGAAUGAUGAGCAUAAGGAAAGGAGCUGUGUCUACAGUCUGUCCAAAACUAUACGGGACUCCUCUGAUACUGGGACUUACUACUGUGCUGUGAUCACAUGUGCACAGAUCCUGUUUGGUGAAGGAACAAAAGUGGACACAAGUUGA